AUUAAAACAAUAUCAAGAGGGAAGAAAGAUUUGCAUAGAGAGAGAGAGAAAGAACUAGGGUUGAGGAUAUCAUGAUCCGAAGAAGUCUCCCUCUUUGCAACAAGAGCAAAACCAACGUUGCUGUUCCUUUGGAUCUGCAGAUCGAGAUUCUUAGACGGUUGCCUUCAAAAUCCCUAGUUAGGUUUAUGCUCGUAUGUAAAUCAUGGCAAGAAAUCAUCAGCAGCAAGAGUUUCAUCAGAUUACGAUCCUUCUUCACUCAGCCUUUGCGUUUCCUACUCGUUUUUUCCGAUAAAGAUGAGCAAACGGGACGCCUAAGUUUCAGCUUCUUCUCUUCAUCUUCUCUGUCGUCGUCAUCAACAUCAAUAACAACCACUUUCCUAUCCAAAAUAAUUUUCCCUCUCCCUCGAGUCUGGUUCCCUAGUUAUUACGUUAACGGUCUGAUGAAUAUGGGUGAGAUAAUAUGCAACCCUUGCACUGGAAGGACCGCAUAUUUACCAAAGCUUGACGAUAAUAGAGAUACGACACUCGGACGCUUUUUCGGAUAUGAUCCUAUCAAUAAACAGUACAAAGUACUGUGGGUCCCCCCGGAUCUUGCAGGACACGCAACACGUCGGUUUAAUCAAUAUCAGGUAUUCACAUUGGGAGCUAAACCUAAUAAAUGGAGAUUUAUCGAUUGCGGCAUUCCUCACACAACCUCGUCUAAAGGUCUGUGUAUUGAUGGAGUUGUGUACUACAUGGCGAGAACGGACAUUGGAUUGACGUGUCUGAUGAAAUUCGUUUUGAACUCUGAGAAGUUCAAUAUCUUUGCUAGAGUCUCUGACGAAACGAAAGCUUUGUUUUCAGAUUUCAAAAGUUCUAAAACUUUGAUAAACUACCAUGGAAAAGUAGCCCUAGCCAUUUCUCACACUACUAAGCCAGUGCCUUCGAUUGAUUUGUUCCUUUUCGAAGAAGGAAAACAGGAUUACAAAGCGAAGUCUUUCAAUAAUCUUCCCCCGCUUAAUUUACGUACCAAAUGUGUUAUUAAUCAUAUGGGUGAUAUUAUUUUUGCACCUAGCUAUACCAGAGGAGAGGCUAAUAUUAUCUACCACGAUUUCGAGGGAGCCAGUUUUAAGAUGAAGUUUGAUCUUGAUGUAAACCAAGAUUGUUUUAAUGAAGAAAGUUAUUUUGUGGGUUACGUAGAGAGUCUCGUGAUGAUUUAAGCUAGCUAGGGAGAGUUAUUAUUUCCAUCGUUUUUUUUGUGGUCGUAUGUUGCCACUACAGUUCAUGUCUCUUAUAUCUCA